AUGCUGGCUGUGUCACCAGUGGCGGCGCCUUUGAGAGACGUCCAUCAUGGGAGCUGCCAGCAAGUUGGUAAGGUGGAAGGGAACGACUACUAUGCGGCCGAGGCGGCUGCCGCGGCGGCGGGGGAGGAGGAUCAGUUCAUCCCUGAUUUCUCGGACGGGAACAGCAGCUUGCUGCUCGAGAGCAUCGAUUUCGACGAUCUGUUCGCCGUCGGCGACGUCCUCCCCGAUCUGGAGAUUCUCGCCGACUUCUCCGCCGUCGACGACUCCGAAAUCCACGGCGCGACUAGUACUACUACCACCACGCCUCCCGUCGACGAUUUCGUUAUCGUUGUCGACGACGACGGCGAGCAGUAUAGUAGUAGCAGUAAGAAGAGCUGCAAGCGUCCGAGGGAGGAGGAGGAGGAGGGUUCCGGAUCCGGAGGAGAGGAUAACGGAGGGUCGGCGUCUCCCUCGUCGUCGGUGGUGUUGAAUCCACCGGCUCCGGCGAGUAAGAGCGUGAGAGAAGGCGAGAAGGGCGGGAGGAAGUCCACUACGGCGCCGUUCACUUCGUCGGCGCAAGGGAUUAGCAGUAAGGGCAAUCUCGGGAAGAGAAAAGUGAAGGUGGAUUGGACGCCAGAGCUGCACAGAAGGUUUGUGCAGGCAGUGGAGCAGCUCGGGGUGGAUAAGGCCGUGCCUUCAAGAAUCUUGGAGCUCAUGGGAAUCGACUGCCUCACCCGCCACAACGUCGCCAGCCACCUCCAGAAAUAUAGGUCACACCGGAAGCAUGUACUAGCUCGUGAAGCGGAGGCGGCGACCUGGACCCAGAGGCGCCAAGUCUACGGCGGCGGGGGCGGCGGGGGAACAGCGGGGAAGAGAGACGUGAUGAUGAACGGGCACCAGAAGCAGGCGUGGCAUGCACCGAUGAUGGGGUUUCCUCCACCGGCGGCGACUCCUCCUCCUCCUCCUGUUCCUCAACUGCACCAUUUGGUCAGGCCGUUGCAUGUUUGGGGACAUCCAUCGAUGGAUCAAUCCUUAAUCCAUAUGUGGCCUAAACAUCUACCUCCUCCUCCUCAUCAUCAUCAUCAUCAUCCCUCCUGGACUCAUCCUCCUCCUCCUCCGGCGGCGGUGGAUCCUUUAUAUUGGCAUCACCAACGAGUGCCAGCAGGAGCUGGAGUUGGACUGACCCCGGGGACGCCAUGUUUUCCGCAGCAAGUACUUCCACCAACGAGAUUCCCGGCGACACCAGUUGCCGGCAUCCUCCCGCCGCCCCAUUCCAUGUACAAAGCAGAAUCGGCUGGGAUCGGCGGGCAGCUGCAGCAGCGUCCACCGCAACCCGGGUCCGGCCCGAAUCAUCUAUUCGACGUCCAACCGUCGAAAGAGAGCAUAGACGCAGCCAUCGGAGAUGUUUUAUCGAAGCCGUGGCUGCCGCUUCCGCUAGGACUGAAACCCCCAGCUGUCGACAGCGUAUUGGUGGAGCUCCAACGCCAAGGGAUUCCCAACGUACCGCCGGCUGCUGCUGCUUCUUCUUCUUCUUGA